UGACAGCUUUUUUGAUGUGCCGUUCUCGGUUCCGCUCGAUAUUUUAAGGCCUCUCGACCAUAUACGAAGAAGUGUUGCGCCCACAUGGGCAGUGUUCUGGCUUUGUCUUCCAGUCCGGGCCAUCAGAACUGGCCUUUCUCCACAGAUCCUCCUCCUUCUCGCUGGGACGCACAUCCUGCUCACUGGGACAGUCCACCACGCUGGGAGAGGAGAGAUGGCCGCCUACCCAACCCAGGCAGCUUUCACUCUCUCCACAGGAGCUGCAAAGAUGUGUUUCCUCAACAGAUUGAGGGUGUCAAGAUGAUUGUCAACAAAACUCUGAGCAGCUUCUUCAAGGUCAGUCAUACGCUCCACCUCAGUGCUGUAAGUCCUUCAUACUAUCGAUUCCACGUGGAGCAUUUGCAGUCUGAUGACUACAGCAAGGACAAGGAUGCCCCAGCGUUAAUCGGUGAGAUGGAUUCUUCAGGUAGUCUGAACGCUCACGCUCUGCUGCAUCUCACUGAGCGCGUACGAGCGAGAACAGUGUUCCAGACCCAACAGUCCCAGUUUGUAACGUGGCAGUUUGAGACCGAGUACAGAGGGAACGACUUCACUGCUGCUGUGACUGUAGCUAAUCCAGACGUCCUCAGAGAGUCUGUUAUCCUUGUAGCACACUUCCUACAGAGCGUGUCAUCUGGACUGGUGUUAGGAGGGGAGCUGGUCUACCAUCGGGGACGAGCAGAGGAAGGAGGAAUUCUUACUUUGGCUGGACAAUACUCAAGACCAAACUGGGUGGCAACGCUGAAUGCUGGGAAAGGAGGUGCCCAUGCGAGCUACUAUCACAGAGCCAACAAACAGAUCCAAGUCGGAGUGGAGUUUGAAGCCAGCACCAGGACGCAGGAGACGACAACCUCGUUUGGGUACCAGAUGGAACUCCCGGAGGCCAACAUGGUCUUCCGAGGUAUGAUAAACAGUCGCUGCAUAAUAGGAGGCGUGUUGGAGAAGCGUCUGACCCCGCUCCCUGCCACCCUAAUUAUGGGUGCCUUCGUAAAUCACAGAGGUGACAAGCUGCAAGUGGGCCUAGGUGUCAAUGUGGGUUAAUCCUCCGCUAUCCCCUGCUGGAAUUCCCUGUCAGGACAGUCGCCCGGAGACGUGUGUCAGAGGCUUCAUCAUGACCUGAUCUCCUAAGGUUUAUCAGCCUCAGCAAAACACCUUCUGUUUCUUUAAGUCGAUGCAUCUCACCUUGCAACCUACCUCUCGAAAUGGAGGCGAUGUUUUCUGAGUGGGUGACAAGGAUUGCACUGGAGGAAUAGAUGAACCUUUUCUGGGGCUCGCACUAUGUGACUGGAGAUGUGUUACCGUCCCUGUAAAACCAGACUACACAUCCCCUUCUGGACAGUCAAAACCGAAAAGGAAAAAAAAGGCAUACUGCACUGUAAAAGUUUUAUACUGUAGGUAGUCAUAAAGAAACAUAAUGUGUAUAGAUUGUAUUUAAAGAUAAUAGUGUUUUUUCUUAUUUUACCCCAAUUAACUAGAAUUAUUGAUCUUUCCGCCUAUUAUUUUCAAAAGGUGGUUAGAAAACAAAUACGUAUUUUUUUCCCUCAUUGUCUAGGUAGGAAUUGGUUUAUUGCCAGUUAAACAUCAACUAAUCCAAACAACAAAGCUCAGUCGCCAUGCAAUGCUUUUUGGCAUUUGUCUCCUAAACCUUGAUUUUUGGAGCUUCCCAGUGUUUGAAUGUACCAACAUGGAUGUGGUUUGUAAUGCUUGCUGCUGUCAGCAUUACUGAACCCUCAGUAUGUCCUCUGAAAGAUAAACAAGUAAGCAAUUUUGUGUUUGAUUGUGGGUGCAUCGUUGUUCCCAGUGUGUGCAUCACAUACACAGACAGAUAUUGGUUGAUUCUAAGAUAAAAGGUGCUGCUCCAAAUGGACCAAUCUGAAGCUGAGGGAUGAGAGAGUUGGCUGUGCACCAAGUCUGCUGGGCGAGGACUGUACUGUAUGUAUAUAGAUGAAGGCAUUCAGAAACACUAACCUGUAUGCAACCUGCACUACUCUCACUGCAUCUGGACAUUUCCAGGGCUGUUUAACAUAUGAAAUGUUGCAUAUGUAUUAUUUAUACAUUAUGUAAUAUAAGCAUGGAGAGAAGUUGAAGGGUGUGACUGUCUUUUUGGACUUAAUUUAUUAAAGAUGUCAUUUCUAU